AUGCUUGGUUACCUGUACCAAGUAUGUGAUAUCAGAAGCUUCCAUAAGGGCUGGUCUGCUUUGGGUCAGGUCGGUAGAAAAGAGAGAAAACAUAUGGCUAGAGUACUAUUGGCUUGUUUGGUUGGCAAGGUUCCAAGAGGCGUCAUCCUAGCAUAUCAUGCCCUCCUGGAUUUUAUCUAUCUUGCUCAAUAUCCCACUCAUGAUGAAGACACUCUGAUGUACAUGCAACAGGCCUUAUACGAUUUUCACCUUUAUAAGGAAGUUAUUAUUAAUAUGGAGAUGUUUGAAAGGUUUCAUAUUGAUUUUUGUAAAGAGAGGUGGUAUGCUUCCAAUGGAAGAAAUGAAAGACCUCAAAUGAUCUCUUGGCUAACUAGACGAGAGAAGCUUCACCACAAUAUCCUGGACGUUAUGCAAGAUCAUGCUUGCAAAGGCUUCAAGAAAGAUCUCAUCAUCUAUUUUAACACUCAGUUGCCUCAACCUCAUUCACAUGGACAGCUCAGAUAUAUGAAUCUUCCUUUCAGUCAUAUUGAUAUUUAUCAUGGAUUCAAAUUUUGCCUAGACUCAUUAGGCAAUGAUGUCGACUUCAAUCAAAUGGAGGAGGCAGAUAUUGUCAAAGCACAACCACCUAUUUCUCAUAAAGCUGGACACUUUGAUACAGUUGUAGUAAUGGUUGAUCCUGACUGUGAAUACACUGGUUUAAAAAUGUAUGAAAAUUUCAAUACUAUAGGUACACGUAUUAGAAGGUUGAAAGUUAUAUUUCAGCUACCACAACAAGUAUAUGACCCUUUGGCAUAUAUUGAGUGGUAUGCUCUAUUAAAACCUGUAGCAGAAGACUAUUAUGAGUUGUAUACAGUUAAGAAACUCUCCCUUUCCUUAGACGGUUCAUUGCCAAGUAGAGUUAUUCUACUAUCAUCCAUUAGGCAAACUUGUCAGCUUGUUCCAAACUUUGGAAGAACAGUUCCUAUAGAUUGGACUUUAGAUAAUGUAUUAGAUAAAUGUGAUUUCUUCUUACUUAAUUGUUUUACCUCUAAAUACGCUUACCAAACUUUAUGGUAA